UCGCGCGGGCUUGAGCGCCCCGCUUGGCAGCGACGGAAAGGGUGACACCGGGGAGAGGACCAGGCAGGACCAAGGUCCUGGUUGGGGGCUGCGUGUGAGGGGCUGGGAGACAGGGAGGGGCCUCCUGCAGAACAGGAGUUGGGGUCUGGGCUGCAGAUUUGAAGUCAGGAGCCUGGAGUCCAGGCCUGGGUGAGACCACCUGGGAGGGUCCGGAAGGACGUGGGAGUUUGAGGUGGAGAGGGCAUCUCUGAGGACAAGCCCUAGGCCCCCGGGAUGGGGUGGGGAACUGGGGAGCCCUUGAGAACCACCCAGGUCCUGGCCUGGGGCUUGGUGUAGGGGACAGGGUGGGGGCGGCCUAGGGGACUGGGAGCCUGUGGACAAGGCUCUGUCCUCCACUGGCCAGUCCCGCUGCCACACCAGGCCUUUCUGGGGGUCAGCUGUGCCCAGUGGUUGGCUGGCAUGUGGGGAUGGGGGGAUUGAGCAGUGAGGCUUUAAAUGACUGAGGGAGGGUCUCUGAUCUGUGCACCCACGAAGCUUACCACCCCACUGCCGCCCUCUCUGCCAGUCACCCCUCAGAUCCCUGAGCCGUGGCCCUUGGCGCUCUGUGGACAGCACACCAGGCCAGUGGUGUGCUCGGGCCUUUGAAGGCCCUGCUGGGGCUGGGGGCUCCGGCUGGGUGGGCAGAGGGGCCGCCCUGAGCUGCCCACGUGACUAGCCCUUGCCACAGGGACCUGCUUCCGAGCAGCGUGGGGAGGCCCUGCCACAGAGGAGCAGGGCGUGGUGACACCUGGCUUGGUUUCCAGACAAACAAGAGGAAAGGCUGUUUUCAGAACGGAGACCAGCCUGCGUGGUGGGUGGGCGGUCCCUGUGGUGGGCCAGGCCCGUGCGGGCGGGUGGGCACGAGCCAGUCGGUGUGUGAUGCUCAGACAGAGGUGUGAGCCAGCCAGGCUGGCUUGCAGGUGACGCAUAGUUGUCUGUCCAGGGGUCACCUGCAAGCAGACCCCUGUCUGCUGCCUGGUGUCUGGGGCCUUGGGUGGCAGAGACCAGCACCGCCAGAGGGUGGGCGGCCCACACGUGGCCCCCAGCAAGGGGAGGGUCUGCCCUGGAGUGUGGCUCUGCUCCCCUGCCCUCCAGUCACCCCGGCCUCAGAGGCUGUGGUUUGUCUUUAAACUUUUUUCUCGCCAUCAGUGGCAGACGAGGCCCGCACACGCUCACACAUAUACACACCACGCGUGUGGACAAUCCACCCCUGCCCCGUGGACCCUGUCUCUGGGGGAGGCGUGGCCCCUGCCUGGGGGUGGAGCCAGGCUGAGGUGGAAUUUCCCGCAGGUGGGCCGGGAGCUCAGCUCCUCACCUGUGCCCCCCCAGGAGAAGGGGAAUUUCCAGCGCCUGUCAAUCCCCCACCCCUAUCUUUCCCUGCAGGAGGCCCCCCCACCCACCUGAACUUUAAGGUUAACUGUUAAGCAGAUAAUCCUGUCUCAUGGUUAAGAUUUAAAGGCACCGAAGGAUACAGUAUGGCCUCCGUGUUUCAGGGCCACCAGUGGUCAGGGCUUUGCACAGGAGAAAGCAUGUGCACGCGCGCGUGUGUGUGCACCUGUGCUCUGCCUCACGCCCCGCAGUGGCUGGCAAACAGACCCCCACCACCGCCGCCUGUCCCAGGACUGCCUGGCCCACGUCUGAGGACACACGGCUCCGUGGGUCAAUCGCACGGUGGCUCUAGCCUCUGUCCUACUGGUGGGUGUAGGGACUGGGGCCAGAGCGGGUGGUUUUUCCUCACGGGAGCCCCCGGGCACAUCCCCAGGUGCUCACAGGAGCAGCACACACUGCUGGCAUGUGCGGCCAGAGCCACGUGCACAUGCACAGACGUGGCCCACACGCUCCCAGGCACAUGCCACACCUGGGAUACGGGGCUGGGCUUGGCCAGCAGCAAGCGCUGAGUCUGCUCAGGCAGUCUGGAGGCGGGUGCUUACCUCUCCCCGGCCUGGAGGCUGGAUGUCCGAGACCAGGGUGUCAUCCCUGCGUGUGGGUCUGUGCCCUGACUUCUUCCUCUUAGAGGGACACCAGUCACAUUGGAUCAGGUCCCCUUAUGACCUCAUCCGACCUUAAUUGCCCCUUAGUGUCUCCAAAUAUAGCCACCCAGGGGUCAGGGCUUCCACGUGUGAAUUUGGGGUGCUGACGUGAACUCACCCCUAACCCUGAGCUCAGCUGGUCUCUCACCAGCACGUGCCUGCACACACACUCACACACGUGCACACUCACUGUGGGCGCUGGUCACGAGGCAUCUCACCCACCAGAACUGCUGGCUGCUGCAUCUGUCUGAGCUGGGUUUGGAGACUUGGGCUAGUGCCCACACUCUGGAGCCCUGGGCACUGCCACCCUCCACCCACUGCAGCUGAUGCCAGGAGAAGGUCCAUACUGCGAGGGAGCCUGUGCCCUGAUCCUGUUCUGCCUCAGCUGACCCAUGUGCUCUGUGCACCUGUCUGCGGACGAGGGGUUGAGGACAGGUGUGGCCAGGGCCUUCUGUGGGGGACUGCAGGAGCAGCUGCCGCUCCUCCUGAGGGGUCUGCCCUGUGCAGGGAGAGUGGGUGCCCAGAAGAGUUGAGCCACAUGGACGGAUCCCAGGACCAUCCUGGUCCAGGCAGCUUGGCCACGCUGGGCAGGGCAGGGGGACACCCAGGACGCCUGGCCAAAGAGACCCCACUUUCUUGUGAAGCAGGAGUGGGAAGGGUCCAGUGUGAGGGGUGAGUGCAGACCACUGGGGUUGGAGGACCUGGCCUGGCCCUGGCAGGGCUGGGGCUGCAGGUCCCCACUUGGGGUGCAGCGGGGGUCUGGAUCAGUGUCCAGCUGCCACCUGGACUGGGCCUGACGGCAGUGGGCCUUGUUGAGGGGUUGGGAGCCUUGGGGCCCAGGGCAGAAGACAAACCCAUGGCUGGCUGGGAGGGGGCUUCCCAGACAAGCUGCCUUCCCACCACCAGCCUGGGUUGGGGUCACCAGCCCUUCCUGGGGCCUCCUUCCUCCUAGUUCCUCCUCCUGCCCUCCCCACCCCUCCCCCGCAGCCCUUAUAGCCACUUCCUGCAAGGAAAAACCCCAGACUCCCGAGCUGCGGAGUCGAGAAUGCGCGUGGGAGCCCAACCACCUAGGGCGCCUGGCUCAGCCCUCCUGCUCCUGGGGCUCGCGCUUGGCGCUGCGGCCCAGCCCAGCUGCGGUGACGGCACCUACCCCAGUGGCAGCAAGUGCUGUAAAGAGUGCCUGCCUGGUUAUGGGAUGGAGAGCCGCUGCACCAACUCCCAGGAAACAGUGUGCCACCCGUGCGCCCCCGGCUUCUACAACGAAGCGGUUAACUACGAGGCCUGCAAGCCCUGCACACAGUGCAGCCAGAGAAGUGGGAGCGAACCCAAGCAGAGAUGUACACCCACAAGGGACACAGUCUGCCACUGCCGGCCAGGUACCCAGCCCCUGGAGGGCCACGGCUACAAGCGUGGAGUCGACUGUGCCCCGUGCCCACCAGGACACUUCUCGCCCGGCAACAACCAGGCCUGCCAGCCUUGGACCAACUGCACCUUGGUGGGAAAGCGCACACUGCGGGCGGCCAGCAACAGCUCGGACGCUGUCUGUGAAGACAAGGGCCCCUCAGCCACACCGCCCUGGGAGACCCAGGGCCCCCCAGCCCGGUCCCCCACUGCCCAGCCCACCACUGCCUGGCCCAGGGCCUCACAGGGGCCCUCCACACCCCACACAGAGCCCCUCAAGGGCCCCGAGCUGGCUGCUGUCCUGGGCCUGGGCCUGGGCCUGGGUCUGCUGGCCCCUGUGGCUGCCAUGCUGGCCCUACUCCUGCACCACAGGGCCUGGAGGUGCGGGACCCCUGCCCACCUCCCACCUCUCGAUCCUUCCUUCUUCCCAGGGGGAAACAGCUUCCGGACCCCUAUCCAAGAGGAGCACGCCGACGCCAACUCCAGCUUGGCCAAGAUCUGAGCUGCGUCCACCGUCAUGGGAGCCGGCGCCCCCUUCCCAGGCCGGGGCCCCAGAGGGGCAUCAAGGGCCUCCCAGGCGCAGGCUGCCCCACCUGUCGCCCUGCCCUGUGCCGUUUUAGGUGCUCCUGGGCUGGCCCCCUGGGCUCUGCUACGUAUGCUGUGCAUACUCCCCACCCGGGCGGGGCCCCAAUAAACGACGUUGGCAAA